AUGAAGCUUCAACAAUGGCGCUCUGGAUAUCGAAUCUUGAGAAUCGCGCGUCUCUCGACUGAUCUACCGCGAUCAACCCUCUGCCCACUACGUGAGCGCAGUUCGCGCAAUUUCUCCGCAUCGUCGGUCGAUCGCUAUCGUUCCCUUGAACCUCUCGAAGACGCCAGCGUCGAUACCUUCCGUACCAAAUGCUAUGCUCCCGAGCAGCCCGCUAUCCUUCCCCGAUCGAAAUUCAAUGACUUACCGGCCUUGAAGAAUUGGUUUCAGAGCUGCACUCCCUCCUCUGGUGCCCCAAGCCAGCCCACAACUCGCCUAAAUAUCGAAUACCUGCAGAAACAUGCCGGCGAUGCAUUUGUACCGCUAGAGCUCACUGAAACAUCUCCGCCUAAUCCAUCUGGCGACCCGGGCUCGCAUCGUCAUGGCGGGACUGACCUCUUGAGCUUCCGUCAGUUUCACGCGCCGCUGACAAUGUUUCUCGAGUGGAUGCGCAUGGCAGAUAACUCACCACAAUCGAGUCGCUUGUAUCUCGCCCAGUGCCAGCUCCUCGAUCUACCUCCGGUCCUGCGACGAGACUUCCCAAUCCCAGAUAUCGUGGCACAGGCUGGCAAGGGUGAUGUGUAUGACACGAAUGUCUGGAUCGGACACCCGCCUACAUAUACCCCUCUGCACCGUGAUCCCAAUCCGAAUCUUUUCAUUCAGCUCGCUGGGCAUAAGGUUGUGAGACUACUAACUCCGACGGACGGACAGGCCGUGUUUUCUGCGGUUCGGCAGCAACUGGGCAAGAGUGGGGGGAAAGACGCCGCGGCCUUUCGAGGCGAGGAAAUGAUGCAAGGACAGGAGCGUGCUCUGUUGGAUGAGAUGGUGUGGAGUACCCCGGCGUCUGCUGGUUCAGAUGGCGGAGUGGGGUAUGAAGCUCAUCUUGGGACCGGAGAUGGCCUCUUUAUCCCUAAAGGAUGGUGGCAUAGUAUCAAGGGGGUGGGAGAGGGUGUGACUGCAUCGGUCAACUGGUGGUUCCGAUGA